CUAAUAUAUUCUUCAAUAGAGUGUGAUAUACAAUACAUAUAGUUCUGAUGCAUUUUAAUUUACAUUUGCGAAGUGUUCUGUCGUAUUCUGAUUCGUGCAAUGAAAAGGCUUUUUACUGGACUGGAUGGAUGCUGCUAGCCUAGGCCCAGGGCAUAGCCUGACUAGCCUAGCCACUGACUGCUGUAAGGCCAGGCCUAGAAAUAAUGGAACCUUAAAAUGAUCCACACUUCCAUCGUCAUUUGACAUCAUGACAUCACCGCCUAAGAAAGGUAGCGAGUCGUUUGCUGAAGUUACUGUCAUCGAUUCACAGUAUAACCAUUUCCGUGACUAUGUAGACAUCAUUCGCGUUUACAAAUGCAAACUCUGCCCAUUUUGCAGCCCUCUCGAACAUGUCAUUACAAGCCAUAUGUCAGAGGUGCACUUCCCGCGACGAUGCUUCCUUUGCAAGCAGUGUCUUUUCGUCUUUGAAAGUCGGGAACAGCUGAUUGAGCACAUCGAAGCAGGACACGGUUUGCAGUCAUUGAACUUCAGCUUUGGCGAACCGACUUCUCACUGUAGCCAGACACAAGCACCACGUCUGGGCAGUACUGUUCAAGGUGAGGAGAGGUCAGGAAGGAAGGCGUUGGAUGAUGGGGGCGUUAAUGGCCAAUCGGUAACCUCAAGUACAAGUAAUCUUGCUAACAUUCCAGAUGAUCCUGCCUCAAAUCAGCCAAAUCAAAAAGAUGAUUUAUCUGAAAGCCCUGGUCUCAGCAAUGAAAUUGUCCUACGGCGGCCACCUACAGUGUCACCAGAACCAUCACCUGUAUCACACACCUCAUCUUCAAACUUGUGUACAAGCAGCAGCCAAGAGAGUCAAGGUAGGCAUCAUGAUAAAACCAAUUCUGGACAACUGAUGGGCUUAGGCGUUCGUAAGAUGUUGCAACGACGCCAUAGCCUGGGCGGUAGUCUUCCUAACUCUGAACUGCGAGUGGGUUUCUUUAGCCAACCUUUUAAGGAAGAACCAAUCAGCCCGGUGCUAUGCUCAAAGACUAAUGAAUCUUUAACUGGAACCAACCAACAGGAGGUUCGACCUGUUAUGAGGGAUGUAACCCCGGCUGAUAGUUUGGCAGACUCGAGUGAAUCAAAGAAAAGGGAUUCAAUAUCAAGGAACAGUGUGGUGUCUUGUCCGGAAGAAAUGGAUUUAAGAUCAAAAGACUCUGAGCUUUCAAUAGCUUUGCCACCUCAACGUGAUGUGGCUGUAGUUCGUGGAAUUCCAUUCCGCCCAGAAACUGCAGAAAACGUUACAGUUAAACAGGAAAAAAUGAUAUCCAGAGAGAACAUGGAACUUGAAUUAAUAGAGAAAGGAAGUGGCUCACCAUCUCUAGAGGAUCAAAAAGAAUCAAGUGAUUCACCUGAUUUAACAUUUAAUGAGACAUUUUCAAGAGUGCAGGCACAGCCUGAGACUCUACCCACUCUUGAGCUUGGAGUACAUCGAAGGUCAGACCCACGAACAGAUCCGAAGCUUGACACAAGAACUGAGCCACAUAUAUACCAAAGAGAUAAGCCUCCUGCAUCCUUAAGAGAUAUAGUUAGUCAUGUCAUGGAGAAACAUCGUCAUAAUAAUGUGGCUACAGGGCGACCAACUGAAAAUCACAUUAAGACUCCACCUCAAACCUCAGUUGAAUUUCCAGGGAAUACAGCUCCAGGAAUUGAGUAUCAUGGGUCUACCAAGACUAGGCCUAGAAGCUACAGUAUAACUGAAGGGGAAAUUCCGAACUUCCAUGAUCAUCAAGAUGAUUUGUUAGAUAGUUCUAAAGAAGGAUUAAGGAGUGAUUUACAUGGUCAUCCGACUGACCAUAAGCAGUAUAGAGGUGGUCCACCUAAUCCAAGAAUGCCCCUCUGGUACCAUUACCAUCAGCAAUCCCUGGAAAGAGAGCAAGGAAAGUAUCCAAGGAUGGUGCCUUGGGCGUAUCCUGGACACUUCCCCGGAGGUAAUCAAUCGCAGAACUCUAGCAUAGGUAAGAUUACAGCACCACAGUCAUCAGAAGAGUCUGUUCUGUAUCGCUACUUGCGUAACCCUCAUCCACACAUGAAACGUAGAAGGAACUCUAUUGGUGUUAUGAACCCUGUGGAAGCAGCCAGGGUUGGACUACCUUGGCCCCCCCAGUUACCACCAAAUGAAAUGAUUUCAAGAUUUGUGCCUCCAUCGCAGCCUCACAUGCCAUGGGGUGCAGUGCCAGGAUACAUGCAAGCAUAUGGACUUCCUCCAAUGGGAGAUAAAGUAAACUCUCCGAAUUCAAUCGCAAAACAUGGAAGCCAGGUGUCACCAAAUAGGUAUGGAGAGUACUUAGCUGACAUGGAGAGAAAGGAAGGCAACAAGUCUAAUAACUCUGAUCAGACCAGCAGUGAAGGAACACAGGACUUAGCUCAGGUGGAUGACAUCACUAGGCAAGUGAAUAGUGCCAUUAGGAGCACAGGAGGAUUCUAUGCCUCUGAACAAAAUGGUGGAGAAGGAGAUGAUGGCAAUCAUGAUUUUGAUGGCGAAGACGACGAAAAUCGAUCAGAUGAUGGCCGUAAGCGUAGUCGAAAAAGCACAUUCAAUAUAUACCGUGAAAUUCCAGAGCGGAAGCGAAAACUUGAUCGAGUAGAAGAAGAAAAGAUUAAAAAGAGUUACAAUGCUGAUGGAAGCUUUGAUUAUUUUACUCUGACUGGCUGGAAAGCCUACAAAUGUGACUUGUGUAAGAAACGUCGAUUCAAAACUGCAUCUGAGCUAGAGGACCACAAACGACUGAAACAUGGAAGUGAUUUAAACCAGAACUCGCGUAAACUGGUCUUUCAUUCAGUUCAUGUGGAAGAGAAUGAUUUUGAGGAGUCAAGCUAAGAAUUUUUAAACCAAACAUUUUAUGAAAAGAAAAAAAUUUAUGGAAAGGAAGUUUGAGAAUUGAAUACACAAUAGAGGGCAGUAUACAAAUCUGUUAUGAUUGGCUGAAUAGUAACCCAAAAAGACAAAGCAGGCAAGAGAAGGAUUGCUUUUUUUUCUGAAGAAUUUUCAUAAAUUACUGACAUUUUGAAGUAUAUAAUGGCUAUACCUUGUAAAUAUGUAAAUUGCUUCUGUAGAUAUAUGUGAAGCUUUGUUUUGAGAGCAGUUUUUUUUUUCAAAGCAGCUGUUUGCCAAUGUCUGCCAUACCAAAAAAGAGGAUUUUUUUCAAUCCAAAGUUUUAAAAGUUUGUAAAAUAUUUUGAAAGGACUGUAAAUUCACAUAUCGCUUUAAUAUUGUAGUACUGUACAUUUUCGAGCAUUUUUGCUUGAACAAUUGAACAAUAUGUUUGUGUCGAAGUAGUCAUGAAGUUAUGAAGCCAGAGAUUUUGAGAGAUGAAUGUUUUCAAUGACAAUUUUACGAAGGAUUUAUGAGUUGUACAAUUAAUUGCUAACAAGUGAGUUUAUAUAUACAGUAGUUGGAUUUGUUUUGAUGAUAAAAUAAGCAAAACAAGAGAGUUGGAGAAGGGAGUCUAGGUGAUGGCGAUUUGUUUUCAAGGUACAUACAAUUACUUUAAUGAUAACUAUUUAAUGAUGAAAAUUUCAUAUAAUAAUAACAUCAUUUAGUGUUGAUUUUGUCAUAAAAAAGGGCUUUGCUUGUAUUACCUAAUUCAGAUCAAAAAUACACAUUAUUUCUGUAGUGUUGUUGUUUGGGACAAAAAUCAUUUAAUAUUUUGUGGACGUAUUUACUGAACAUAAUGUCUAGUAACUGUACAAUUAAUUGUAUUUUUGAUUUAUGUUUGAAAAAAUUGGUGUACUGUACAAUUAAUAAAAAUGCUGUGGGAAUUGAUAGAACUAUAGUAAAUACUUAGUUCUGUGGUUUGUCUGCUAGAAAAUAAAUUUGAUUUAAACAGAUGUAGGAAAAAGCAGUGAAGAUGCAGGAGUGAUAGUUUUUAUGGUCAUGACAGGAGUCCCUAGUUGGAAGAAGUCAAUUCCAGGAGACACAUAAUAAAUUUUAUUUUGCUGCAUAUGGUGAACCAUUGGCACUGACUUCCAUGAGAAAAUCGAUAAUUAGUUAAUAAAAAUUAUGAAUAAUUAGUAAAAGGAUGAAAAUAUUAUGAAUUUUCGGGAGAUGGUUUAUUUUCCGUUAGGUUCUUGCUUGCGUGCGGGCGUCCGUCCCGAUUUUUGUGACACCAAACUUUCUGAAGACUUGGGACCCUUGUCUUGAUAAUAAGUAUACAAGUAAUUUUGGAAUUGUUUUGUUCGUUGCCCACCUUGCAUUUCUAUAAAUUAUCUCUAUUCCUAUUUCUAAAAUGGAUUGAACAAUUUCAUAAAAGAGCCAAUACUAUGACUUUUGAAAUCUCUGAUUAGUUUUUAAACAUCUUGUGUUCUUGCCUCGUUUAAUGCAUUGUAUGGAUACAAAAGAUCUAUGAAUGAAAAGUCUGGCUUGUAGAGAUACUGUACAAUAAGUACAGUUUAAGGCUUUACUCUACGUGGAAUUACUUACAAGUUUUCUGGUGAUUAAUGGUGUUUCAUAAGGCUGUGGAAUUUCAAAAGGGGCUAAUUUUUAUAAAAAGAAAUAUUGUAUUAACGAAUGAGAAGAACAAUUACAGAAUCUGUACAAUUGCUUGCCAGGAAACUUGCAAGUCUAAGUUUGCAUAAGGUAUAUCAUGAAUAAAUUUCCAAAAUUAUAUUUGACAUUUUUUAUGUUAUUAAGCAACUGAUUUAUUUUGUUUAUUUCUUAAAAUGAUUUGUUAUUCUGAACCCAACAAUCCACAAAAUUCACUCCAAAAUAUUUUACAAUGUUUUAUGUGUUUGUACUGUACACUAUACUUUUAAUUAAAGGGUUGCACUAGGAUUUGGCCGCUCCAGUGCCCCAAAGGUUGGCCAAUUUCUGCGACAGAUUUCCAAUGUCCCCAAAGGCGAGCUGAUCCCUCUGAAUUUCAAAGGCAAUAUUUCAUCCAUUUUAGAGUCUACUGAUACUGUAUGUAAAAAAUACAUUAUAUACUGUACAGUUUUCUCUCUCCUCGACUAAUCAGUGGAGGAUCAAGAAAUUCAAAAUUUUGUAUUUUUCUCCACAUUUUAAAAUAAUUUUGAGCAAUUUAGAGGGCUCGGGGCUGCUGGGCUUCACCUUCAAUCCGCCACUGCUGAAUUUUUUUUUCAGGCUCCGUCCUAAAGUUUUCUCUUGACUUUACCCCAAACUCGAUUAUUGUACACAGUUCUACGAUAGUCCACAUCUAUUAUGCAUUAUUUAUUUGUUUAUUAAUAUUUUUUUUUUUUUUACACUAAAAGAGAGAUAAACACAUUUAAUUAUACUGUAAGUUGACAGAGUGCACUAAGUUUAGGUAUGGAAUGCCAACAGAUAAAUAUUGUCAUACAAUCAUCAUCAUUGGCAUCCCAGUCUUCAAAGACUAUGCAUCAGGCACCCAUGGAGAGGGAUAUACAUUAUUUAUAAUUAUUUUGUCAUAAAAUAUGUAAAAAAAAAUGAAUUACAGAUUCGGUAAUUCAGAGAAUGCAUAAUAAAUUCAGCAGAAACUGGAACAUUGAAAUCUUUGACUUGAAUACACCUCGCUAUCAGUGAAAAAAAAUCAAUAUCAGUGAACAUAGAUGUCUUAUCCAAGAGUUAUUUUAAUGAAAAAUCCACCCAAUUUUUCACACUGUGGGAUUAAGGGCUUAGUUACAUCUGUGCUUCUAAAUCCCAUAAAACAUCUGUAAAGGAGUAUGAUUUGUUCAAUUUUAUGUAUUGUUAAAUUUUCAAUCAUUGGUUUGUUUUUUUUUUUUUUUUUUGUUUUUUUUUUUGGAUGAUAAGUAAUGGAUUCCUGAUUGAUGUUGGUUGAUCCUUAAUGGCUGUUUUUUUUAUAUACCAUACCUGUAGCUUCGGUUUGACCAAACUUAACCUACAUUCACAAGCUUUUUACAGAUCAUUAUUGAUCUAUCAGUAUCUUGUCCACAGAGGUUAUGCAGGUGUGGUGGAUACAUGGGGCCAAAGGAGCUAGGCCCUCUUCCCCCACAAAAAAAAAUAAAUAAAUAAAUUAAAAAAAAAAAAAAAAAAAGAGAAGCCCUGUAUUCCAAAAAAACUACAGUAAUUUUUAUAGAAAUUCCAUUUCCAUGUGCCAGUGUCUAUGGUCGAAGAUUAUAUAAUUGCAAGAGAUCCAACUACCCUGAUUUUGUAUGCACGCAAUGAAAAGUUUUAAAAAGCACUAACACGAGAUAGGGGGCGCCCUAUUAGAAUUCAAAUAAAGUUCGAAACUCUCCUCUUGAAGGAUGCUCUCCAGUUUGUGGUAGCACUUUUUGAAAUAGGAUUACGUUCCAACGAAGCCCCAAUAGUCAGACCUCUUGCAGUUCUAUAUGCCUUGCUAUGGUUAAGUAUUUCUAAACAAAAAUCUCAAACACCAUCCCACACCCUCUCUCUCCCGCGCAGUACUUUGAACGUUGCUUGGCCCCUACCCACAUUUUUCUUUGGAUCCGUCCCAGCUCUGUAUUACAAUCAGUAUUGAUAUUACAGAUCUCUAUAAUUAAAAAUGGUUUAAUAUAACGUAUACCUCCAAAUAGGACUUAAUGAUAAUUAUUCGUCUAAUUAGAGUAUCUUGUCUACAGGAUACUCUGUAUUCCAAACAGUUUUCAUAUUUCAGAUCUCUCUAAUUAAAUAUGCCAUGUAGUUGUAGAUCACCUCCAAAUAUAGACCACAGAUAAGUGCCUAUCCUUUGAUUUUAUGAUAAUUUUUUUUUUCUAAUUAGAGCAUUUUGACAACAGGAUGCUCUGUAUUCCAAUCAGCUUUACUAAUUACAGAUCUUUCUAAUUAAAAACACCUAAGUAUAGACCACUUCCAAUUAAUAUACACUCCGGCUAAAUGCCUAUCUUUACUUUAUGAGGAUUAUUUUUUAUUUAGAAACCAAAUCUUUUAAAGACCAUGUUAACCCCAGUCUCAAGUGUGAUCAGUAAUUAGACACACCAAUGAGACAUGAUGUAAUUAUUUUCUGAAUAUAUAUAAAAAAAAUAUUAAAGAUGAUUUUUAUUAUAUUUUUAUUUAAAUGUCUUUCAUCUGGAUCUUUAUCCUAAUACCUAAUAGAAAUGAUUAAAUUAUCACCUUAAAAUUCUUAUAAAACUGAUGAGGGAGGGAUAAAACAAGUUUGAUGGCUGCCAGCAAACGAUGUCAGCUAAAUCCAUAUAUACAAAAAAUGCAAUUAAUUGCACUAAAUAUGAUUUUGGUAUUAUCAAAGACACCAUUUCGGGUGUGCAUAGACUGGAGUUCAGUACUAUUGUAUGUAACAGAUUUGUCCAAAAAAAAGUACCAGUAUAGAAUUCCUGUUUUCGCAGUAAAUAAUCAGCGAAAACUAUAUAAAUCUGAUGAGGGAGGGAUAGAAAAUAUUUGAUGGCUGCCAGCAAUUUAAAAUCAGAUAAAAACUGCAUUUACCCAUACAAAAAAAUGCAAAUAUGGUAUGUAACAGAUUUGUCCAAACUUGUUUAUAUUUUAAUUUCAAAGUACUAGAAUUCCUUUUUUCACUGUAAAAAUAAAAUAAGGUCCAAGAUUCCAAAAAAAAGUAUGUAGGCAGAGGUGAUAAUUGAAAAAAAAAUGUAGUCUAUAAAUACUAUAGCGUGAUCUUUAACACACUGUAUUUUCCAACUACUUCACGCUGUUGAAAUGAUUACAUACUCAAGAAGACCUUUGUGACAUUUAUGAAGAUGAGUAAAAAUUCUUCCAGGUUAAUUUCUAAUUUCCUAUUAUGCCAUUAUAAUCAAACACCUUUAUUAUUUUUGCUGUCGAGAGAUAUCCAAACAUUUAGUGAACACCUGUCGUGUAUGGUAAAUUUAAUCUACCUGACACAAACUCCCAACUGUAACAGAUGGACAAAUAUUAUAUAUUCAGUUUACUGUUUGAAUAAAAUUUUUGAUUCCACCAUUGAAUUGUGUUAUACAUGUUCUAGAUAUCAUGUGUUGUUAUUUCUGAUUUGAGGUAGAUUUAGGUUAACAACUAGUGGAAUUAAUUCAAAAUUAACCUUUCCUAAAGGGCUUUACGUAGGUACCAUUUGUACACCUCCGCAUCAUGCUUUGCUAUAAAAGGUAAAUGUGGCCGUAGAUCGUAGAUAAAAAUUUGCCUGAGGCUCACCUGCCCACAUUGUCAAACUUUUUUUGACAGAAAUUUGUGAUUUGCCCAUAUAUGGAUAUAAUAUGACAUCAUGUGCAUAUAUUAUAUGUCUGUGAUGUGAGAAAUUCACACAAAUUUGUCAUACUAUAAAACUUCAUUGUAUGAAUAAAUCUUUAGAUUAAAUAGACAUUUCUAAAUUUGAAUGUUACAUUUUUAAUGUUUAUAAUCACACCAGUGAUAGCAUCAGUUGGAGGAGGGGGUGGGGGGAUGGUGGUGGGUGGCAGAAAUUCACUCCCAUGAUCAGAUAAACAAAUUCAAAAAGAAAUCACAAUAAACUGGCAAAUGUGGUUGUACUGACAUCUGGUAUUUUAUGUAUAACAUAAUGCAUUAAGUUGGACAACAUAUAAAAUCAACAUUUGUGGUGAGAUUUCUUGAUUAAAGUAAUUUGCCAUCUUUUAAUAUAUCAAGUAUCAUUUUCAUAAAGUGGGCCUCGUGUCUGUCAGCCUAGCUGCAAGGCCAGCCCACUCUAAAUGUAGUUAUAAAAUAUAAUAUUUUUUUUUUUAUAAAAUAAAUGAAUUAAACUUCACAAUGCUAAACCACAGUUACACUAUGAUGCUGUUAAACACAGAACCGUAUUAUCAAAACAAUCUAUGUUCUUUUAUUUCAUUUUCAUUCAUUUCAUUUCAUUUUUUUUAUUCGACUAUCAUUUACAAUUACAGUGACAAUAAAAUACAAUAUGUGAAAAAAAAAAUUAAUUAAAAAAAUUAAAAUGCUGGCCAGGGGUUUUCUUUUCAUUAUGAUAUAUCCUGCAGUAUAGUACUGUACUUUGACACUUAGUACUUUUACCCUCAUCUCAGUUUUAAGUUAGAUCCAGAAAUUUUUCCAUUGGGGUUUACUAAGCCCGACAUUGGUCUGAGGUAAGGGGCUGUAACCAGAUGGCCACUUAAAUUGAUAAUUUUAAUUCAAAUACAUCAUACAAUAAGGUGUUAUCGCAAAAUAUACCAAACUCAGAUGUUUCACUAUCAGCGUUAAAGUUCUUAACUUGCAUUAUGUUAGUCUUUACUUUCAUGCAGUUCAAUUAUCAGAUGUACAGUAGCUCAGGAGUGUGUAAUGUAAUGUAGGUUUUGUCCUCUAAAAGAAAAAUGUUGGGUGGGGUGGGGGAGGUGGGUGGGUACUGUAUAAUCCAUUGUACAUUGUGCAGUAUCAUUUAUAUUAUGUACAACUACCUCCAUACUCUGUGAAUUGCUCUAAAUGUUUGUAAACCUAUUCAAUGGUUGCCAUAGUGUAUGACUGAACAAAUGCUAAUUGCUAACAUGGCAGUGAACAGUACCGAAAUUCCAUGUAAGUUAUGUUUUUUAGUUAAGUGCAUUUAUUGAGAGAUUUAUGAAGUUACUAAAAGAUUCAUCAUUCCAAAGGUCAUCAGAAUCGACCUUUAUUUGUGACAAUUUAAUAAUUGAGGUUUGGACCUUUGUGAGAAUUAUAAUUUUUUGUUCUUUUUUUUUUUUUUAAUUCUCUCAAUGAAGGUGUGUACUAGUAAUUGAGGUAUGCUCUUUAUUUGUGACAAUAAUAGUUAUUUCUGUCUAUUAAAGUUCUUUAUCUGUUGUUACAAUGCAUAUCUACUGACCUGUAUAAUUGCAUGCAUAUAUUUCGAUCUCUGUCAGUCAGCAUUAAUUGGUUGACUGCUAGCGAGGCAAUGCCAAGAUAUGCAGUGGCGUAUGUAGGAAGUGUGCGUGGGUGCACACCCCCAGAAAUGCUUGCAAUCCCCAGUCACCCCCAAAAGUCAUGCUCAAGUAGAUAAAAUCACCUCAAAUCAUCUUAUUUUUUGAGCUAGCUCCCCUCAACUAAUCAUCGAGCCCCAAUUCACUCAUUCAGUUGCGCUUCGCACUACCCCCCUCCCUCCACAUUCUGCUUUUGAUUUUUUGUUUCAUACAUUGUAAUUCAUUUUAUUAUAAUUGGAAUCUACUUAUAUUAUUUUUUUCCAAUUGGAAAAAAACAAUAGAAUGUUUGUUACACAUAUAUAUUGAACCCAAAGAAUUGACAAGAAAUGAUUAAAAAUAUAUUAAUAAUGAUUUUCAAGAAUGGUAUUACAGAAUGCUACUAAUGAAUCAAAUCUGUUUAAAAAGUUCUGUGGUUGGCAGGAUAUAUUAAUUUGUCCAAAUGCCCAUCAGUUUGUUUAUUGUUAUGUACAGGUGGAUUGAUAUAUGCAAAUAAAGCUUGCUGUUUACAAGCA